AUGUAAGUCGUGAUAAAUUAGAUUGAAUACACAGAUGUUCAUUUAAUUAGUUAAGGUUAAGAAGGUUAAUUAUACACUGCAAAAUCAUAAAAUGAAAUAGUAGUUCUAAAAAAAUCAUCACUUUAAGCAAAGGAGUUAUUGAUUUUAGAAAACUUAAAAUCUAAGCCGCCUAAAAAUUUUGCUAAAAUAAUUGAUUUUGAUAGGAAAGCAUAUAUUGUGAUGGAAAAAGGAGAUGGAACUUUAACGGGUUUAUUAUUAAGUUAGGAUUACAAAUAAUUAAAGUUAUUAUAAAAACUUAAAUUAUUUGAAUAAAUUGUAAAUGGUAUCUGUGAACUUCAUGCUAGGAAAUUAAUUCAUAGAGAUUUAAAACCAGAUAACAUUCUAUUUUUUAAAUAAAGUGACAAAAUAGUUUUAAAAUUAAUAGAUACUGGUUAGAUAGAUUAAAUAGAUGAUAGAAUAUAAUUUUUAACGGAGAAUGCUGGAACUCUAAAUUAUUAAGCUCCAGAAUAUUUCUCAUAAAAAGUUUAAUACAAUGAAAAGGUUGAUGUUUGGUCUCUUGGUCUCAUAUUUUAUUAAAUGCUUACAAAUCAUGAUUUAAUUGUAAAGAAGAAGUAAAUUUUAGAUCAAUAAUAUAUUAACUAAUAAAUUGAAUCUAUCAAAAAUUGUGAUGAAAUUAUUCAAGAAUUAAUUCGUUCUAUGCUUGAUUCAUCUAAAGAUAAAAGAUGGUCUGCUAAAUAAGUUAAGUUUGAAAUAUAAAAAAUUAUUUAAAAUAUUGAAUUAAAAGAAGAUCAUUAAAUAGUUUAAUAAAAAAUUAAGGAUUUAUAAAUUUAAUGUGAAACUUUAGUUAAUCUCAAUUAGUAAUUUAAAAAUUAAAUAUAAAAUUAAACUCGAUUAAAUGAUGAAUUAGAACAAAAAUAUAUGUUAUGUAUUUAAAAUUUUAAUGAAUAAAAAGUUGUUCAAUAAAAUUUAAAAAAUGAAAUCGAAAAUGUUGAAAAAAAGAAUACAAAUUAUAAAUUAUAAAUUAGUUAAGUAGAAUAAUAAUUAUUGUAAUUAAUGGAUAGGGAUAAAUAAAAUUCUGAGAUUAUUAUUUAUUUAAAAGAUAAAAUUAUAAGUUUAGAGCAAAAUCUAAUAAAUAAAAUUAAUAACAAUAAGAAAAAUAUUGGUUAAUUGAUACAACCUAAUAAUACUUUCUUUAAACAUCAGAAAAUAUUGUUAUUUGGGCUUCCAGGAGCCGGUAAAACAUGGAUUUUUAGUACAUUAUAAGGAUUAAUCCAAAAACCCAUUGAUAAGAGCACAACAAAGUUUCAAGAAUUUUUUAUUACUGAUCAUAAUAUUACAAUUAUUGAUUCACCUGCCUUUUAAGAUGAACAAGAUCAUGAUAUAAGUAAUGAGACUUUUAAGAAUUAUAAUUCUUAUUUUUGUGAAAAUUAAAUAGAUAAUAUAGUCUUAGUUGUUUAAUAUUAAAGAUUUGAUUUAAUGAAAUCCUAAAUAAAGCAUUGUCUAAAAUAUUUUAAAGACAUUUCAGGUGUAAUAGUUAUAAAUUUUCAUGAGCCAAUUCUUGAAAAAGAAGAAAUACAGCUAAAGAGUUCGCUUUAAUUUUGUAAGACCAUUAUAUAUUCAAUUCAUAAAAAUAUUACUAAUUAAGAAUUAAUGGUAAUCUUUUAAGAAAUAAAAAAAUCCUGUCAUUAAACUAACAAUGAUUUCAAAAAUAUUUUUAGAUAAUUUUAAGAUGACUGA